AUGGGCAGUCAUCUGGCAUCUUAUGAAUCUGCCCAGGAAUUAGCAGAAUUAUCCAAUUAUUUGAUUAAGAGAUAUUCAAAAAAUUUCAAUACUUGGUUAUCCGGUUCUGAUCUAGAUUCUGAGGGUCUAUGGAUUUGGUAUAAUACUGGUGAAGUUAUGAUUUAUGCCGAUUGGUUUGAAGGUCAACCGGAUAAUUUUAUGGGUAUAGAACAUUGUGCACAUUUGCUAAGUAUUGGUAAUAAGUAUCGGAUGAAUGAUGAGGAUUGUAAAAGUCGUAGGAAUUAUAUAUGUCAAGCUGAUAAACCAGAAACUAUAGCUGUUAGUAUAGGAACAUUUUAGAAUAUUUCGAAAUAGAUUUCGUAUAUUUUAAAUAAAGAUUAACAUUAUCAAAUAUAUAUUGA